AUGUAUAGACUCAAUCAGGACGGAAAGUUCUUUGACUUCACAUUCACAGUCCAGGGUGAACAAUUCCAUGUUAGCAAGCUCGUGCUGUCCACUAUUUCUCUAUACUUCGCAAACAAGUUCGAGGCAGAGUGGAAAUACAAGGACAGAUCUAACGCGAGCCAGUCAGGAGCAUCCGUGGAUCUAAAGCAAAAGCACAGCGUGGAAACAUUCUCGACUAUGAUUGAGUACAUAUACACCUACAACUAUGAGCAACAGACCGGGUGGCUCUUCGAUUUUGAGCCUUCCGAAUUGGUAGCCUUCCAUUUUGAACUUUGCCACAUGGCUAAGGACUACGAGAUCCCCGAUCUCAGCGGACAAGUGCUGAUGGACCUUCCCUCCGCUGUCAAAACCUUAGACUGUCCAGUGGACCUUUACGAUCUGUUGACGGACGGCCAAUACAUUUCUGACUCGGAAUCUGGGAAGCUCUUUGUGGCAACCGUCGCGGAUAACUUCCACAACAUGGAUGCAUUUACGGAGUUGGACCGACUAAAACCGUUCCUGGUUAAAACCCCUAUUUUCGCAGCGGACCUAAUCUAUGAGCUCAUGGAGAGAAGGCUCAUGAAUGGCCAGUGA